AUGGGUGUGCAUGAGCAGCGCAAGCUGCCUUACUAUGAGGUGCUGGGUGUAUCGCUGGAGGCCACCAAUACCGAGAUAGUGCUGUCACUGAAGCUGCACCCGGACAAGCCCGGGGGCUCCAACGAUAGGUUCCAGGAGCUGAGCCGGGCGUACAGCUGCCUCAGCAACGAGGACAGCAGGCGGAAAUACGACGAGUGCGGCUUUGACGAGGACAACAUCAACACCACGGAGGUGGACCAGUUUGUGGACGCCUUCUUCGGAGAGACGGCCCGGGCGGUGGAUGGCCGAUCGCCGGAUUGGAACAUGGGGAAGGUGGAGAACUAUGUGCGCAUUGACCUGACGGAGGUGCCUUUGCACAUGCGCGACAUCGUCCGCAUUGGGCUGAAGUACAUGGUCUCUCUGGACCAGGACUUUGAGAACGUGGUGCUGCUGCAACAUGCCCGGGUGGACAUCCUCUACUUGAUGGCGGGGUGA